GACUUUUGCAUAUUUUUAUAGAGUGAUAUUAAACUCAUGGCAGCAAAGUAUUUGCACAUCAUAGUAACAUACAGGCCUUCCUUAAAAAAAAAAAACAAAAAACUCUGUUUCUAAACUGUGCUCAGAUUCAGGCAUAGUAAAACAUCUGUGUCCAAGCUGAAAAUCUAUGUACUUGGAUGAUUGAUCACAAAUCAAUGAGGAAAUUGAUAAAGAAUCAGACCAGCAGGCAGAAGAGAUAAUGGCAUUGUUAACAAUGAUAUCUUAUCAGUGUCUUUCACUAAAAGCUACGAUAAUGAGUUUUUAGAGUCACGGUGAAGUGGGAAAUACACUAGAUUUGGUAUACAAAUGAACAAGUUUUGGGUUUUUAUGUCUUUGGGUAGGAAUGUGUGUUGAGUAAACAUCUAGCAAAGGUUGUUCUUGCUGAGGAGUUCAGACAUGUUCUAGCCAGUCAUGAUUCAGUGGAGCCUUGAGGCUUCUUUUAUAUCAGAUGUGUUAUGUUUCAAAAAAAAAAAAAGUUUCUUUUUUUUUUCCACUCACCCUAUUUUGGCAUGUUUGCUGUUUAUUUUUGUGUGCAGUGAUUAUUCAGGGUGUCUUAAUUUAAGGCGGUUCUGGUUUAAACUGGUAAGAGGUAGAAGUAUCCCAUUCAGUAUUUGACUUUGGAGGUAAACGUGUGAUGUGUGGUGCAGUGGGAGGAGGCAAGGUGCUUAAAUAAGCGGCACCCACAGAUUGCUCUGUAACUUGAGAGGUGGGCUAUAAAUACCCCCUAACCUUUCCUGCGUGUGCCUGUUUGUAUGCGUUCACUCGGGGCUCGGUACAGGCGAGGUUUUCUGUCGGAGGACAAUACAGCUUUGGGCUUGUUCGUCGGGCAGUGUUAUCUUCACAGGUUGUUUUGUUGCUCUCAGGAAAUGCAGAAGACUGUUCUGUGUUUUGAUUUAAAGUGUUCUGCCGCUCUGCUCACUUCCGCUCGUUGUUAGAAAACAUGCCACAGCCUCUAACACGUUUGCUGUGUUCGAGUGACUGCCCGAUUUUCAGACUUCAACACUUCUCUGAGAUUUCUGCAGUUCCAGCAGCAGCCCCUCUUUUCAGCCCAUUCGCAGUCAGAUCCCCAUACCCACUGCACAUGUCAUGCCAUCCACGGCCGGAGCCCCGGCCUCAAAGCCCCAGUCAUGUGUCCAGGAGGACUGCCUGUCCUCAGCUGAAGGUCACAGAUCUUCCUCUGGCUCCAGAACCCCAAGCGGCACCACGUCAAAGUCCUCCUCUCUCUCCAAAUCAGCAUCUUCGCCCAACUUGGAUGCUGAAGUCGGCAUGGGAGGAGAUCCUGUCGGGGUAAAGCCUGACUGCCUGAGUCGAUACCGUAGUCUGGUAAAUGGGCUGGACCACUCGCUUUUCCCCACAGACCACACACGAUUGGACGAGGGCCACAGGUUUGAUACUCCUGCUGUGGAACCUACGCUGAAUCAGUCAGCCCUCCUGGGUGGGUUAUGCCCUGACAUGAGACUCCGGUUACAGACCGGGAUUAGAGACACUCCAGACUAUGUGUCUGAGGCCUACAGAGGAAGUUUGGAGCACAGCUAUAAAGUUCUGCCUGAAGCUAGGCCUGGCGUUCCCGGUACUGCAGAAGCCUCUAAUCAAAGGGGCGGACAGCCUGGUGUGGCCGGAUCUGCUGGAGUUUAUACAAGUCCUCUUAGCCUUCAGACGCAGGCUCUGUUGAGAGAGCACGCAGGCUCCAAAGGUUAUGAGCCGCUGCGGCAGGACAGAUGCAGUGAACUUCCAAGCUGGCAGCAACAACAGCAGCAUAAACAACUGGAAAGCUUACGCUUGCAAAUGGAACAAAUGCAGCUAAUGGGUGGAGGAAUGGGUCAGUACCCACCUCUGUACUCAACACCGGUUCACUCUGAGUCAGGCAAGUGGGACGCGCUGGUCAAAGCCAGCGAGAGCCUGCUAAAGGAGAAGGAGCUUAUCAUUGAGAGACAAAAGCAGCACAUGGCCCAGCUGGAGCAGCGUCUGAGGGAAAGCGAGCUGCAGGUUCACGGAGCCCUCCUGGGCAGAGGGGCUUCUUACGGAGAUAUGUAUUUGCUGCGUCUACAGGAGGCUCAGAGGGAGAACGCGUUCUUGAGGGCGCAGUUUGCAGAGCGCACAGACUCUGUUGUUCUGGAGAAAGCAGAGGCAGAGCGCAGACUCGCGGCAGUUGAGGCUGAGACGCGGCGACUGACCGAGAAUCUGAAGGAAGCCUGCGAGAGGCACACGGAGGAGAUGAAGAAACAGGAAGAGAGGAUCCGCAGUCGAGACAAGCACAUCAGCAACCUGAAGAAAAAGUGUCAGAAGGAGUCGGAACUGAAGAGGGAGAACCAGCAGCGCAUUGAGACUCUUGAGCGCUACCUCGCUGACCUGCCUACCUUGGAGGACUACCAGAACCAGAACAAACAGCUGUUGGAAGCUGAACAUCAGGUAACAGAGCUAGAAGAGAAAGUAAAAGAAAUGGAGGCGUGUCUGGCGACGACAAACUCACAACUGAAGGAGAAAGACGCAUACCUGGAGGAGCAGAAACGCAGGGAGAGGGACCUGCUGACCACCAUUACUGAUAUGCAGCAGCGGGUGCAGCAGGGCCUGGAGGAUGGAGCCAGACUCCCUUCUCUGGAUUUUGAGAAGCUUAGAGGAGAGAACAACAGUUUGAAAGAGGAGCAGCAGAGACUCAAAAAGGUUAUUGAGAAGCAACACAGGAUGAUGGAACAGCUUGGAGCACAGAUCCAGGCUUUGGAGGAGCAGAUAUCUCAGGAAGAAAGCAGCUCUCAGGCUCUCAGAGAGGAGGUGCUGGCCAAAGAGCAGAACGUGUUAGAGCUCCACACAGCCAUGAAGGAGCUGUCGACCCAGAACCAGGAACUAAUGGAGCAGAAUUUGACGCUGCAGGAGCAGAUGAGCGAUCCAGAGCAAAAGAGCACUAACCAGGCUUCCUCUGUCCUGCAGCCAGCUGGGGCUAAUCUCACAAAGAGACUGCAUGCUGAGAUUGCUUCCUGCCUCAGCGACCUGCGCUCACUGUGCAGCAUCCUAACCCAGCGAGCCCAGGGACAAGACCCCAACCUGUCCCUGCUCCUUGGCCUCACUUCACCUCCAUCCGUGGCGGAGCACAGCGAGGACUGGAUGAAUCCAGAGGUGCUGCAGAAGAAGCUGGUCGAAGUCCAGCAGCUCCGGCGCGACGUCGAGGAGCUGCGUAACGUAAUACUGGACCGUUACGCUCAGGACAUGGGAGAAAACUGCAUAACUCAGUAACCUCGACACCCAGCCACGAUGGAGGAAACUUGCAGGAACCUCUUCAUCUCGGAGCACUCUUAACAGGCUUUUCUUCCAUGCUUUGUUCCUGAAUGUCAGAGGACUGGACUAUAAUUUCCUUAAAACGAGGACAGAGGAAAGCCCAUAUGGUUUAGCUUCUACUUCUCGACUGACUGCAUGUCGAGUCUCAAGCCUGCCAGUAGCUCAGAGCCCCCACCUCCCUGCCCCAUCCCAGUGAGUUCAUCUAUUUCAGUCCAAGGGCUAACAGAAAAUAACUUACCUCUAAUACUUGAUCCUUAAGCAUUGUGUGUCUGUGUGUGUGUGUGUGCGUGCGCACGUGUUUUUGUUUUUUUUUGUUUUUAUAAUAAUGACGACAUGAUGCUGUCAGUUACCAAAACAGUCUUAUACUUUUUAUUCCACUUUGGUGGAAAGCUCUUUGUGUAGAGGUCCUGCAAAUAUAACUUAUUUAAAAUUUAAUUUCCCUCCAGAGGGGAAUUAUCUGAGAAGUGGUUGACAAUCAACUGAAAAUAUUUAACCUUUGCUUUUUUAUUUUUGCUUUUUUUCCCUUUUUUUUUUUUAAUGACUUUGCAAGGAAAUGUUACUAAUGCACCAUUUAAAAUGGUGAACACUGUAAUACUGGACUCUGCUGUGAGGUAUGAGGCAUAACAACUAAAAGAGGUUUAAUACCAAAUCAGCUUCUCACACCAACAGGCCUACCGUAUACCAAAGAAACUCCGGUUGAAGCAGACAUGCAGGUGUGCGAGCACUCCUCGCUGCUGCAGGCUUCCUCCUGAAUGAAUUACCAACAUGUGCCUUUCUGUCGCGUUUGCAACUGCAAUGCUAAUUUCAUCCCAGACCAACCACAAAGGGCUGAUUGCAGCUGACCCUUCCAGUAUAACCGUUCACUCAGUGUGUCAACCAGUAGGACAGUCAAUACAUUCCCUCUGACACUGAAUGUAGUAGGAAAAAAAAUGUGUUGCAAAGCUCGAGUUGGCCCUGGUAGAUGAUUAAAACAUGGUGAAAGUCUGAGUAGGAUUUAGCGUAGAUUUCAUGUCAAUGAUGGCAGACUCGCAUUCAAGCAGAGCGGUGAACUGUUUGAGUAAAUGUAUGAAUGAGAAACAGUAUUAAUCUUCAGUAUUAUUUAUUGUUAUUUUAGGGGUUUUUUUGUUUGCAUUGACAACUCGGUGUGAAAGUUUUCUGGGUCUUCCUAACGUGUUGUUACUGUAAUAAUGUGCUAACAUGUCUCAGCAAGCAUCCACAGUGUGCAAAGGUCCCAUGAAGUGUCUGUUAGAUUGUAUUAUUUCUCUGUGGUUUGAUGUGUGAGCAGAUGGGAUGUUCCUUCAGGCGUUUUUACUGUGGAGGUGACUGUGGAGGGGUUGGCUGGAUCACCCCAUAAUCACGGGUCACAUCGAAGUGAAUGGAGUUUUGUAUUUGUCCUGACGGUGAGAUAAGCCAUUUAAAAGGGGGGGAAAAAACAAAACAAAAAAACAUGACACUUUAUGGGAAGAGAAAGGGAUUUUAACAUAAAAAUAUGCAACAAUGAUUUUUAUUAUUCUGAAUACCACCCAGGGACACACAAGCCAUUUUUCAUUUCAUGGGACCUUUAAACGUGAGUAGCACAAGAUUUCUCUUUGAAAAGUCGGGCUCCGCAUGCCUUAACAUCUCAAAUGUUUUGCAAAAGGGAAAAAAUAUGUUUAUAUUUUCUUACUUUUGUCCUUGUUUGUAUUUGCAUAUUUUAGAAAUAAAGAUUUUCAACACUUGUUUUUGUUUUAA